ACUCCCAUGCUCGUUCUGAGCAAAGAGAGUCUCCAGCUCCAAUGUUACACUCCCAUCCUCGUUCUGAGCAAAGAGAGUCUCCGGCUUCAAUGCUACACUCCCAUCCUCGUUCUGAGCAAAGAGAGUCUCCGGCUUCAAUGCUACACUCCCACCAGAGAGUUUUCUCCCCUCCACCUGCUCUCUCUCCCUCCACUCAACAAGGCAAAGGCAGAAGGGGCUCAAGACUUUCUAGUGGCUCCACCUCUUCACUGACAGAUCAAAGGGCAACGGAUCUGGUCAUGCCUGGCCGGAUUUCCUCGGAAACAGAAAUGUGGGACCGGGCACCAAACCGUCCACAGUCCCUGGCACAACAGCUGUCUUUGUCCCGGCAGACUUCGCUGGCAGAAUCUCCGCCAGUUCAGUACCUGGUGCGCCAGUCUGUUCUCCAGUCAGCUAAGGAUUUUGACAGGCAAGAGAACAGGAGAGAAUCUUCUGAUGACCGUCUGGCAUCUUCCAGUGGGUCCAGUUAUCAAGAAAUGGAAAACUCCAUACCUUUGGAUGCCACUAUGGGAAGUGAAAUCACAGAGCAAAGACUGUCUUGGCAAAUGAUCAAAGAAAACAAUGACGGCUCAAUGUGGAUCAAAUCUGAGAAUGUGGAAAAGUUAAUUCCCACACAUCUCCAGUCCCCGUCUCCUCUUCCAGUUGUAAUCUCAAGCGAGUCAGCCUCCUCUGACAGGCACCAGCCAUCUUCUGACAGACAUCACAUGACAGGAGAUAGGCACCUGCCGCCUGCUGAGUACAAUACCUACGCCACACUAGAAGAAGCCCAGUGGAAGUCAGAUAACUCUUAUGAUGAUGACCAAGCCAGAAAAAGGGAGUUGAUAGAUUCCCAGGGAGAUGGGAGUGGCCUCCCUGCAACCUUGGUGGGCAGUUCAGGGGCCUCAAGUCCAGGAACUGUUCAACAGAAGCUGACAAACCAGACCAACUUGAAAUGCCUGGUGUGUGGGGACAAGUCUUCUGGUGUUCACUAUGGGGUUUUAGCUUGCGAGGGUUGCAAGGGCUUCUUCAGGAGGGCGCUUCAAAAUGUUGGGGAUCCUGCACGCAAGAAAUGCUUUUAUGCCAAAAACUGUGACAUUAAUAUGCAGACAAGAAACCGAUGCCAGUAUUGUCGUCUUCAAAAGUGUUUGCAACUAGGAAUGUCAAGAGCUGCUGCCAAAUUGGGUCGAAGGUCAAGAAAGAUGCGUGAGAUGAUCAGGAACAUUGAAGACACACAGACAGAACAGGCUCUUCAUGGUUUAUUGAGUUUGAAUGUGGACAAUAAUGCUGCUUCUAGCUCUAUCUCACCUGAUGGACAUAAUGCUAAUCUGAAUGCUGGUGAGUCACAGAUUGACUCAUCUGAGAACUGUGAGCCCAACCCUCAGCUUUCAAUGGCGGCGCUGUCAGUCCUACUCAAGCAAAGAUCUGGCCAACUGAUCGGCCAGCCCAUGGUGGCCGACACCUUGACCAAGUCAGAGAUGGAUCUAAGAGCCCACGGCCAGCUUGCUGUAUCCGACCCAGAACUCAAAACCAAACUGUUGACUUUGAUGCAGCAGGCAGCUGUAGACUCCAGGAACAAUGUUUUGGGUGAAGACCAGCCUCUGAUGUUGAAAGUUCAGAGGAGCUCUUCAGCUUCCCCGGUCCACUUCUCCACACAACACCGCCCCAGCCCCUCUCUCCAAAAUCCCGACCUAGAACCUAACAACUCGCGCACAAUUUUACCCGCCCACACACAUGCCCACAGCAGUGAGUUUGUGCCGGCCACUACCUACAUGAACAACCUGGUCCGAUCUCAACAUCAGUUAUUCAACAUCCCAACAUCCUCCGGACAGCAGAUAUUUAUUAAAACAGAAGAUGGACACGUCGAGCCUAUCGGUCACUCCGCCCUCGCCAGAGCCACCACCCAGCUCUCGUCAAGCAGUUCUCUAUCAGGAGGGUCAGUUUUGUCUUCCCAAGUCUACCAACACCCCGGGGUCCCACAGAAUUUAGUCACCACUGAAUCAGAUCCCGCUGAAGAUUUGCCAGCCAGUAGCUACCCGUCUGUGAUAACAUCCAACGCCAGUCUGGACCUGCGUAAAAAAGUCUCGGCCGUGGAGCAGUUUAUUAGAAGUCCAAUCAAGAAACGACCCUACAUCCCUAAUACAAGCUCUGAAGAAAUUUUGGAUGACUCUGCAUCACCACCACCUGUAACAAGUCAAGCAUCAUCCAGUGGGAAACGAGGCUCUUCUGAAUCAAAACCGAAGCGCCGGCGUAAUGCAAAUAAUAAUAAUCACAACAGUAAUAAUGUAAAUAGUAUUGUGUCACCUGCUACACAAUCAGCAACUGGGAGCAAAAUGGCGGCUGCCUCCAGUACGACCUCUAGGGCUGGAUUUUAUGGUAAUGUGCCCAUUGAGAUUAAUAGCCAAAUGCUUGCGCAAGCUCUUCAUCGCAUGGAUGCUGCAUCAGUUAAUAGCGGAAAUGGUGGGGCUUACAGCGACAACAACUCAAGGCCCAUAGCUCAGCUUCUGGCGCACAACCUACAGCCACAUCAAAUACAACAGGCUCAGCGUAGCCAAUUCACUACACAGCAACUGCUUGCUCGCACUGAGACACUCCUGGGCCGAGCCAUGGGGAAGGAAGAAAUUAAGUUGACGGUGCCAUACAUGAUUUCACGCUUGAAUGACUCUUACAACAGCACUUUCACCUUCCUUAAGAGCAAGCUUGUAGAGAUGCGUCAGAAGCUUAUAGAAUAUAGUAGCAACAUGACCAUGGAUAAUGUCAUAGGAAAGAUUAUAUCACAGCACUUGAAAUCUGGCCACCAGAAUACCAGUCUUGGUGAGAUGUGCUGGCACCAUUUUCAGAUGAGACUGAAUAGAACUAUUGAAGAUGUUGUUUGCUUUGCUAAAAAGAUUCCUGGAUUUGCUGAAUUAGAUCAAGAUGACCAAAUCAGUUUGAUUAAAGGGGGAUGUUUUGAGGUUGCCUGCGUGGUAUGUGCUCCAUUCAUUGAUGCAGAAACCAACUCCAUAUUUCUACUUGGAAACAGUUCCAUAGUUAUGAGAGAUGAAAUGAAACUGGGUUUUCCAUUGGGAGAACAUUUUGUUGAGUUGCUGUUUAACUUGUCCAAUCGUUUGAAUGCCUUCAGUCUUGGAGAUUCAGAAAAAGCCCUCUUCAGUGCUUUGGUUCUUAUUUCACCAGAUCGACCAGGUCUGAAAAAUCGUGAAAAAGUUAGCAAGUUACAAGAAUUGUUGAUUCAAGCCCUCCAGUCGGAAAUCAGUGUCUCUCAUGAAGAUGAAGGUGGAUUGUUCCCUCGACUUCUCAUGUCUAUAUCAAGCCUGCGUGAGCUGGGUGUUGAGCAUAGAAGAAUGUUAGAGUCAUUAAAAGGCCAGAUGAACUUUCCUCAUGAUUUGUAUGCUGAAACCUUUGACCUACUUCCUUAGAGUCAACAGAAUGUUAGUUUUUACUAACAGAAGAAAAUCCACUAUUCCCUUUGUAAACUCAUUCUAGUUAAUGAUUUUUUAAAAUUUAGAAUAAUUGAAGACUUUAUUAAGCUUUUUUUUUCUGAAGCCACAAAGACUGAAAAAAGGGGUUUGUGAGUUGGGCUUAUUUUUUCUUGAAGAUGCACAUUUCAUUGCUGUGUUCUAAGCAGACAAUUUCGCAUCUAUUAAGUUGCUUUGAAGCUUUAAAAAAAAGAUUUGUACAUGCUGCUUCUCAUUAGCAGCUGUUCAUUACAAAAAAUUGUUUGAGCUUAUUAGAUAUAAAAUAAGUAAACAUGAAUAACUAUAUGUGUCUGUAAUGUGUAAAAACUGAGACAGCUGACUUCAGUCAAUAUGCUGAAGACAAAGAAAAUAAAAAGCAUGGAAGAGCCAGUCAUGAUUUAUCAAUGGCUGUAUAUGAUACCUGUGAAAAGACCGAAACAAAACAGUGAAAACAUCUGUGAUAUAUACAUACAACCAACUAUUCUUGUUGAUUGCUAUCUUGUUUUCUUUUCUAUCAUUUAUCUUCAAAGAAUUUUUAUUCACACAUGUUUUAUUUAUGAAGUUCAUUCAUACAUGUUUUUUCUAUCAUAGAUACAUAUAUCUUGGUUUAUAUAAAGUUUAUAAAAAUUAUCCGGUGAUUUUUUUUUGAAAGACUUUAUAAGGAAACUAUUUUCACUAAAUUUAUGAUAAAAACAUAAUCGUGCUUCAUUGUUAUCAUCUAUUUAAUCAUGGCUUAUUCCCACUGUUACUUUGUUGAUGUAAUAAACAGAAACAUUAGAAAAGUAGAUUUAAAAAACAUAUUCAAAAUUUAAUGUCCAUUACUUGUAUGCUCUGAUUUAAAAAUAAUACAGAACUAUUUUUAAAAUCUUAACAAUUUAAAAAUGAAAAGUUUUUGUUCAGAAGCCACUAGAUACAGCACAGAAUUGCUGUGAAAUUAAUUUUCUUGAUUGAUAUUUCUUUAUAUUCUCCUUGAAGCUUUUUUUUGUUAAAUUAACCAGGACAUUAUGUCUUAUGAUAAUUUGUUUGUUGAGAUUUUAAACAUACUUUUUAUUUUUAUUGUUUCUAUGACCCUCAGUACAGCCAGUACCCAUGGUCUGUAUUCCAUACUAACAAAAUUGUUCCUACUUAAGAAACUGUCUUUACUUUUUUGUAAAAGUAUGUGUAACAUUACUAAUAUUUGAUUGUUAAUUUCAUUGUCAUAUUGUUAAUUUCAGUUUCACUUUGAAUAAGAUACAAAAGUACAUGUUAAUUUUAUAAACAGACUUCAAAAAAAAAUAUUUUCUUAUGUUUCUGUGAACAAUCCUUUUUUCUGCUCAUCAGCUCUGACAGCUUCAUACUACCUCAUCAACCACAUUCUAGUUUCAGUACCUAAAAUAAUGUCAUGUUUAACAUCUACUACAUAAAAACAUCCCUAGUGUAAACAAACAUCCAUAGUGUAAACAUGUUAUAGAGAUUAGACAUGAAGUUAAACAAUUCAAAAAAUUACUUUGGCUUUUAACGAAACAAUAAAUAACUUGUACAUUCAUCUAAAUGGUAUCAAGUAAAUACAUUGACCAGUAUGUAUUGUGCCAUUGUUCCUCAUAUUGAGGUGGUUAUUUUAAAAAAAUGUUUUUUUCCUAUAGCCUGAAUUUUCACAUAUAAACUUUAACAAUAUUAGAUACUCUUGACAAGGGAGAAUAUUUGAAUGUGUUAUGUACAACACCGGUGUUUUUGUUUCCAACAGCUCCAGCACUUGCUCAUCAGAUAUUUUUACCAGACAAACCCAGUGAUUGUUGGUGGCGAACUUCUUUAAAACCAUUGUUUCUUUGUUCAAUUUUUUUCUUAUUUCAAUUUUCUAAACCAACUGCCAUUUAUCUGUUUUAUUAUUAUUUGAAUAUAAAGUUAGAAAACCAUUUUGGUAUUUGUAUACAUAAUUUACAACUCAUAAAACUAGUUUGAAAUAGUAACAGGUUGCUAUCCAAGAUAAUUAUAAAAUGUCACACAUUUGUAUGCAUUAUAACUAAAAGUUUUUAACACUGAAAAAAGCAACACAGCUCUUACUGUCAAUAGCAAUGAAGAUGCUUAGAGAAAUUUUAUUAAUUAUAGAAUUAUAAAUUACUGUAUUUAUUCAAUUUAUGUAUUUAUGUUCAAUGGAAAUAUUUGUAAAUAAAUCUAUCUGUCGUGUUCAUUUGUAUGCAAAUAGAUUAGACCUUGUUAAUAGAAGCAAAAAUAAAAUGGCAUACAUAGAAAAUGGCAUAUAUUUGUCACAUUUUCAUUCGUCUUUUUAAAAUUGUUUCAUCUUUUUUUAAAAGUACAGAAUGUCAUUUUCAUCUUAAAUCCCGGUGAAUUGUAUUAAAUAAAUGCACCUAAUUUCCUUUGUUUUUGUGAUUCCAAAAAUUCAUAUCCUUUCCUUGGCUCGUAUGUACACCUUGAUAGGAUUUUAGAUUAAAAGAUUAUGCAUUAAAUGUUGAGAAUCCUAACUCUAACCUGCUUUUAUCAUGUACUUAGUUUGACUAAAGACUGUAUAUUUUGUCUUGAAUCAUAUCAUGUACUAAGUAAAGUUUUUACCAAACAUGAUAUUCUUGAUCUUUAACUUAUCAAUUUAAUAUAUCCACUAGGUUCAUCUAGUUGUUAAAAAAAAUUGUUUAAGAUAUCAUGUUAGAGAUUGUGCAUAUACUAUAUAACAAGGAAGGAAUGUUUUAUUAUUUUGUUCUAUGAGGAAGGGAAAAGGUAUUUAGAAACGUUAUCAAACACUGCCUUAACUUUUUUUUAAAAUCUAACACAAAUAGACACAACUGGCUUACAUAUUGUAAUCAGCCAUACGAGGAUGCAAUUCCCAGAAUUUACUUAAAAAUCAGAAAUUUUGAUAGUACCAAAUUAAAUUAUGAGUAGUGGGGAAUUAUCAUGUGUCAUGUAAGGUUUGGUGGUCUAUGGAAAUGUUCUAUAAUAUCACAUGGGGUAGAUGAGUUAAAAAGUAUGUUAUAUAGUAUGUGCACAAUACCUUAUUUAUCAGAUGUGCUAGGCUGUUAUACAAGUUGAAUUUGGUAGUAUCAGUUUGGAAUAUUCUUUUUUCUUCCAAUUUUUACAUACAUAAUACUUAAUUAGUCAAUUAUCAUUUCAAAUUUUUUUUUUAUUUUAACAGGUAUAAGGAAUUUAAGUAUUCUAAUUCUUUUUUUUUUUAAAUUAAUUUCCAAACUGUAUAGCUUUUUGUCAUCAACAUAGAUGACACUGUGCUAUCAUUUUUUUUUAGAACAUACAUAUUUAGUUUGCAAGCUAGAUAAAGAAAGAAUAUUUAGGUCCAAAUUUAAAAAUAAACGCUGAACUCCAACAGUUGUCCUGUUUAUACAUCUCUAUAUAUAAUGCUUCAGCAAGUUUUAAAUAAUUUUGUAGGCCUUUAUCUGGGAUAAUUUAAUUUUUUGCUAGCUGUUGCGCCAUGAAAAAUUUCAUUGGUGAGGGAUGAAAAACAGCAAAAAAUCAUAUGUUCACAUCAAAAUGUAAUAUCAAGAAACCGUAAACUUGAGAAGUUUAGUUUGCUAUUACAUCUUACUAAAUGUCUAUGUAUUAAACCUUGCCCAGUAUCUUUGUCUUCAGUUUAAUAAAGGUCUUUAUUUUGUCUUUUAUUUUAAUUCUCCAAAUAUUUAAGUUGCAGAAAAAUGGAUGUGUGACUCAGCAUGACAAAUUACUUCUAUGCAGCUUGUAUUGCUUUCCAUAAUUUAAUAUUAAACUGUAGUCUGGCUUUGUUCUCUUUAUAAUUGAAUAAAAAGGUAUACAUACAUAGUUAAAUAACUAGAUCUAGGUUAAAAUCAUGCAUGUUUCUAGCGACUUAAAUUUUAGGACAGCAUGUGCUUUAAUUUUCAAUUUGUUUGAAAAAUUAACGGUACCAACUUCAUAACAUUUAAUGCUUUUAGAAAAUCUUAACUGCUCUAAAUACUGUUUAGUUUUUAAGAGAAAUGCAAUAAACUUUACCCCCACCUAGAUAUGUAAUUUUUUAAAAUUAUUAAUUGUGGAUUCAACUACAAGUUACAAGCCUUGUUUGAAUGAAAGUAUCGGCCCUGAUGAAUCUCUAUACCAAUUUUCAAAAGAUGUUUUAGAUUUGAAAAUAAAGUCUGUC